UCCAGCACACUCAGUAACGACCCACACUCCUCCACUCACCUCACAAAACAGUUCAACAACAGUGGAUGCCACUUCUCCUGCAAACAACUCACACACAGACAAAACCACCAACAAGACUACAGACCCUCAGACAAAUGCCUUACCUCCAAACACACCGUCCACCACAGUGAAUCCUACCACCAAAGCCACUCCACCAUCAACUCCACAGUGUGGUUACACUGUCACACCUGUCAAGUAUGGCUUCGAGAUCAACAUUACAGGCACCAUUGGUAACUACUCCAUGAACAUUAGUGAGGAAGGCCAACCUGGAAAGACCCACCACCAUCAGCUCUCCAAUCAAGACUUAUCAUAUCAUGUCAAAUUCCUGAAGCCCUGUACUGAAUAUGAACAUCAUGUGGCAUUUGUUGAUCAUGUUGGCAAAGAAACACCCUGUAACAGCGCUGAAGAUAAAACUAGAACAAUUGUAAUGAAUAAAGAUGACAUUAAAAAUGGCAGCUGCACCCCUGGAUAUGUUUGUUACCACAGUGAUUGGGACAUCAGCACUUCACUGUCAGCAUCAAAUAAUAUUCCAGCUGAGCCCUGCAAAAGUGACCAGACAACAUUCUGCAUCAAACCUGGUUUCAGUGACAUUUGUUCAGAUUUGACUACAACCUUCACCUGUGGGAAUACUUCCUUUAAUUUCACCAAAAGCAUCGGUGUUGAUUUCUUGAAUCUAAGUGAAAUAAUCCAGAAACCUCCAACUAAACUUCCUGCAAAAAUAGAACCAACUUUACCAAAGUGUCUCACUGUUAAUUACACCUGUCUGGAAGAUGGAAAAUCCAACAAGUUCAAGGACUUGUCUGAACUGGAGCCCUUCACACAAUACAGCUGUACUGGUCAGAUCAAGGAGAACAAUGUCUCCAUCGAAAACAAAACAAUUGCUAUCAACGUCAAAAUUGAAUGUGAUCUUGACAUAAGCAUCACAAAUGAAAAGCCUGCUGAUACCUCCAUUGUUUUGAGUUGGACCACCAACAGUAACAACUGUCCAUCUCCACACCUCCAGAAGCUUUCUUAUGACUGCAGUUGUUGGCCUUCCUCCCAGUGGAAACCCAAUGACCCAACACGUUCACAAGGACAAAGCUGCAAUAUAAGUGGACUGGAACCAUUCACUGAUUAUACCUGUAAAGUCCAACCCACCUACAACAACAAGAACGUCGGCCAACCAAAAGAAGUUAAAUAUUUGAAAACUGCUGCUGGAAAACCAGACAAUAUUCAAAAACUGAGAGUGGAGCAUCCAGAUCAUAAUGUGAUCACAGUAACCUGUGAUAGACUAAUACAUUUUAAUGGACCUGAGAAGAUAUACAUUGCAAGUCUUUAUGAAACUAGUGACCCUUCGAAGAAGCCUGAAGAGGAACGAAACAAAGAAUGCAAAUUUACAUUUAGUGAUCUGAGAUACUCUACGUCCUACAACUUAACGGUGACUGCUUCCAAUGGAGAACAUAGGAGUAAACUGGCCAAGUCAGAGAUUGUUGAGACUUACUAUAACAACAAAGCUGUAAUUGGGUUUCUGGUCUUCCUCAUCAUUCUCACAGCUGUGACUCUGUCUUUGGUUAUCUACAAGAUCUACAUCUACAGUCUGAGGCGCAGACAGUCUAUGAAUGAAGUGAGUGAAGAUGUGAUGCUUCAAUCAACAGCAAUUUAUGCUAAUGUGCCUCGAUCUGAAUAUCGUCGUAAAGAUGCCCGCUGAUGAAGAGAGACCUGA